GAGAUUUUUCUUUUUCUUUCCCGCUCAUUGCGUGCAAUCCUCCCGACUCUCAUGAGCCAUGCUGAGGUCAUUCCGCUGGCAACUCACUCUCUAGGCUUGGAGCUUCGAUCGCAUCCACAAAGAGGUCGCGGUGUGUUUACGACCAAGCCUCUUUCUCACAAAACACUGGUCGACGUAUCCCCGGUGCUGCUUAUGGACCAUGACGAAUACUCUGCGCACGGACAGCAUACCAUCUUAGAUCAUUACACAUAUCGAUGGGAAGGAGGGUAUGCACUGGCCUUGGGGCUAGGAUCGAUGUUCAAUCAUGCAAAAAAUCCCAACGUGGGGUUCAUACGUGACAUAGCCAAUGCGGUCAUCCGCUAUUUCACGUUACGAGCCAUUGAAACUGGUGAGGAGCUGUGUAUCAGUUAUGGUGAUCACCUGUGGUUCGAGGAUACAGACGCUCCAUCAGAGCAUGAGCAAGGCAGCAGUAGUGAAGAUGAAUGGUUUGGUAAAGUUAUGUUAGAAUAAAAGGACUCAUGAUACACAAAUGAUUUCAGGCUCUUCCAAUGAACGACUUUGAGUGGAAAGAGAAAGAAGCUCCUGUGACGUCACCUACGUUUUUGUCUCUGGGUUGGCGAGAAACCCACCAAAAAUCACCGCAUGACCAACAGGACGGCAAGAGGGUUUCCUUUUUACUUUUUGCCAAUUGGUGCUGAAAUCUUUUUCAUCUCUUUCUUCGCAAAAUCAGUGUCUUUGUGUCGGUCGCAUACACCCUUUUCUUCUUACCUCUCGCUACUAAUAUCUAUCAAUCAUGUCAGCCAUGGACUUACGAGUCGGGAACAAAUACCGAAUAGGUCGUAAAAUUGGUUCAGGAUCAUUUGGUGACAUUUACUUGGGUGAGUUAUUCACCUGCUC